ACUGUUGAGCAAGAUCGCGAUGGCGCUGCUGCCACAGUGAAAGCUGCGCAUUAGGAUUCUCGGUCUUGGUGGAGUCGACCGGAAAACCUCGGAAAUGUCGGCCUCAUCCCCGGGAGAAGAAGUGUCCUGGAGGAGAUUACGGAGGUUCUUGUUCAUGGGGAGCGAGAGCAAUCGUUAUCUUCGCAGCAAGCGACACCCUUGCAUCGACAACGCAUUCACCAUCAAGGAACUUAUACACAGGGGUCGAGGAUUGGAUGUUGUUGUUCUCAUUCUGCGAUACUCCACGGAAAAAAUCUCAAUAUGUCCAGAAGCACUCGCGUUCUCGCUGGCAGUCUGCGCUCAAUCCACAGAUAUCGCAACGAAGAGCGCUGCAUACGGUGCUCUGAAACAAGUGUGCAAUACGGCCGCGACGUUAUUUGCCUUCACGAAGUACAUGGAAGACACCCAGCGUCCCCUGACCACGGGCUGGGGACGGGCACAUCGAUCCUCGGUGAAGAAGUGGUAUCUGAGUCACAACACGAGAGAGCUCGCAGAAAUGGUCACCAAAACGGUCUCUCGGUACAGAUGGUCUCACCGCGACGUACUCAGAUUGGCUCACGUGAAACCACCCUCCUUAGGAGUUUCGUGCGUUUUUCGCUACGUCUCCAGAGGAUUUCACGAUGCGAAAGAAAAAUACGGCACCUGUGACGACCUCGAGGUGAAAGACACUCUGACGUAUCUUCAGGCUGUCUACGAUUUGAAACAAGCGCCGACCGCAGCGCAAGCAGCUAAAGUCAUGAAGAACAAUCCCUUGGCUGUCGAGCACAUUCCCACGCGAUAUCUGCAUGCCCGGGACGUGUGGUUGGCGUGCAUGUCGAGAGCGCCUAUCGAAUCUAUUCUGGAGUGGCUUCCCCAUCUCGCCCACAGCAACCUACUCAGACCAAGUCUUGGAUUGUUGCGGAUCAUCAUGCAGAGGAUAAGUUGUGACUCGGUUAUGACGAAUUGUCCUUGGGACCCAUGCGCCACCUAUGUCCUCAUGAGAACCAUCUGUUCCACGUCGAUACAUUCGACUCUCCCCCCGACACCGGAAGUGCCACCGACGGCGCGACAGCUCCAAGAAAUUUUGUACAAUUUGCACAUGGCAUCCUUCAAGCAAAUGCGGCCAACACUCAAGAACUACCUGAUAGUGACAGACGUGAGUAAUGGGAUGUGGCACAGUGGUUCUGCGGCUCACCCAGUGACGGCGAUCGAAGCGUCGAUAUUGCUCGCCAUGUCGUUAUGCCGACAGGAAGGUCUUGUUGGGGGCAGAGUGCAGGCCCUGGCCUUCGGUCGGGCGGGUCUGCACGAUUUGGAGAUCAAUCAGAAGAUGACGAUGGCAGAUCUUCUCGAGCGAUGCGAAGAAGUGGAUCCUGGUACAGCUAGUCUUUGUCUGCCUCUGAGAUGGGCCUCUCAACGGAACAACGAAUUCGACGUGAUCAUUGUUUGCACAGAUCGUCAAUGCAAUACUGUUGAUACCGUUCACCCUGCAGAGGCCCUUAAAGACUACCGUCGGAUUUGCAAUGUAAACGAUGCCAAAUAUGUGACGUGCGCCUGGUUUUCGAGAGGUUUUGCCGUCGCGCCACCUGACGAAGCAGGAAUGUUGGACGUGUGCUGUUUCGACGAAAACAUAAUCAAGAUCAUUGUCAAUUUCGCUUUGGACAACAUCUAGACUACUUAUGUAAA